AUGAGUCCCGACAGAGCCAAAGUGUGUGCGCAGCCCAGACCCAGAGUGAUCAAACCUACUUUCAGAAAAGUUCAAGUUGUCUACUACCUCUCGAGAAAUGGCCAGCUUGAGCACCCUCACUUCAUGGAAGUAACCCAUUUAGCUCAUCAACAGCUUCGUCUAAAAGAUGUCAUAGACAGGCUUACGGUUCUCAGAGGUAAAGGCAUGCCCUCCCUCUAUUCCUGGUCUUGCAAAAGGAGCUACAAAAAUGGAUAUGUAUGGAAUGACUUAGCAGAGACUGAUAUCAUCUAUCCAUCAGAAGGAGCUGAAUACGUACUGAAAGGAUCUGAACUCCUGCAAGGCUGCACUGAAAAACUUCAACAACUUCAAGUAGGCAACGCACAAGAAGCACUCCAAGAACCAGUCUUCAACCCAAAACGCAAACCACUAGCUACAAAACGGCACCCAGAACCAGAAGAAGUUGAAAACAACAGAUACCAAGACGAAGAUGAAAACGAAGAAGAUGAAGAAGAGUAUGAAGAGAAGACAAGCUAUACAAGCUCAAACACACCCCAAUCCAGAUGCUCCAGAGGAGUCUCCACAGACGAACAUGAAUUACAACAAGAAACCCAUAAAAACCCUAGCACUGAGUUAACUCUAGAGAACUCAUCUCCUCCAUCAACCACAUCUUCAACACACUCUGACAAGCCCAAUGAAAGUAAGACCAGUAACAACACUUCUAAGCGAUUUGAGGAUGGUGACCCAUUACCAACCGAGUCAGUACUUAACCGCAACUCGGUGCUUUUACAACUCAUUUCGUGUGGUGGCUCGGUAUCGUUUAGAGGGAAGGGUGUCCCCGUUGUGACGCCAACACCACGGUGCACGGUGGCGAGAAAGAGUAGUAGUAGUAGUCUUCAUAAAGGGGUGUUGUGUAAGACUGCGGCGGCGAAGGUGGUGCUUGGGGAGGAAGAUGAGAUCAAUUGUAUGUCGGAGAACCCAAGGUUUGGGAAUUUACAGUCCGAGGAAAAGGAGUACUUCAGUGGGAGUAUCGUCGAGUCCAUGACACAGGAGAAAGUUCAUGUUGAACCGGGUUUGAAGAAAUCAUCUUCAUAUAAUGAAGAAAGGAGUUCGAAAGCUGGAAUAGAACAAGCAGUGGAGGAGGAAGAACCGAAGAGAGAGAAAGCUUUGGGGAACUGCAUCCCUAGAAAGAAGCCCUCUUCAAAACAAUCCAAGAAAUGAAAGAGAGCAGCUGGAGCAGCAGUUAUGAACAGUUAAGAGGGGGUGUGCUGUUUGUCAUUGACUUUUAA